GUUUGUUGUCCGCGUCUGGCCCGAGCGAUGACGUAGUGAUCGCUGUGCCGGAAGUCUUGCUGUGCUGACUUGGUGGGUUUUCUGCCUUCCUGGCGUUGGGACUCGCCGUAGAGCCACCAUGGCGCCAAAAGGAAAGGUGGGAACAAAAGGUAAAAAGCAGAUAUUUGAAGAAAACAAGGAUACCCUCAAGUUCUAUCUGCGGAUCAUUUUGGGAGCUAAUGCCAUUUAUGGAAUUAUUAACUUUGUGGUCUUCUAUGCAACAGCCACUGCGUGGAGUUGGAUUGCAUUUGUGUUCAGUUUGAUGAUCUACGGGGCCAGUUACCGCUCAAUGAGCUCCAUGGCAAAGCCUUCUUUUGCGGAUGACGGCAGCCUUGCAGAUGGUGGAAUUGACCUGAAUAUGGAGCAGGGGAUGGCAGAGCAUCUGAAGGAUGUGAUCUUGCUUACAGCCAUAAUCCAAGUCCUCAGCUGUUUUUCCCUCUAUGUGUGGUACUUCUGGCUCUUGGCUCCGGGUCGAGCACUCUAUCUCCUCUGGGUUAACAUCCUAGGGCCUUGGCUCACUGCAGAUUCUUCAGCCGCCAACCAGGAGCCCAACGAAAAGAAGCAGCGCCGUCAGGAACGCCGCCAGAUGAAGCGCUUUUAACUGUGCUCAUGGAAAUAGAUAUCAUGCCACCUGUUGUCUCCAUGUGGCUGCUUAUCAGGGAUGUGAUUUCUUUUUAACCAAUCAGAAACGUCAGGGGUUUCUUCUCUCUGCUGACCCUCCCCUUCUGUGACAGCAGUUCACUAUAAGGCAGGGCUGUGGAAUCAGUGCCCCCCCCAGUUGCUGCCAAAAGCCAUCUUCCCAUAUUCCUGACCAUCGGCCAUGCUGCCUGGGGUUGAUGGGAUUUGGAGUCUCACAGGUUUUUCACCUGCGCUAUGAGGCUCAAUUGUUUCAGGGGAAGUGUUGCCAGGCAGAUACUUGGCCUUCAUCUGCUUUGUGGCAAGUGGGGAGGGGACCUCUUGGAUGUUGGAGGUGUGUAAAUAUCUUUAUAAGUGAUGCUGUAAUAUGAAUCGAAGGGUGGAGGCACUGCAGGGUUUUAAGAAAUGGUUCAUUAAAAAAACAAACACAAAAGGCUGUAAGAGUCUGUAUGAGAGUGCUUGUGGCUGAAGUUGAUUUUAUAUCAUCACAACUUGUACCUUUCACAUUUGUUGACCCACUUCUAAGCGGGCACAGUAAAUAAAACCAAAAUACAAAACAAGCAAUAAACUUCAACAGUCAAAACAAUAAUUAAAGCCAGAGUUCACAAAAGAUCGCAUCCCAUUUAAGGCAAAGGGAAUAAUAGGAUAUUUGAGGUGUUCAAAAGAAGUUCUCAUUUAAAUCCUAGGGUAUUUAUUUUUAAACUAGCUGGUAGGGAAUUUUGGCUGAAAGGUGGUGUGUAAGUAUUUCAUACACCAUUGUACACCUCCCUGUUCUCUAUAACAACAAAGCUAAAUUGAUGAGGUUACAUGGGCAUCUAGCCCCCAAUUCAGGGCAGAGUGGUGAGGGGAGCUGUUUUGCAAGAGGACGUGGGCAGGAUGGGUGAAAGCCUCACAGAAGUAGCACCCCACCUCCCUACAGCAGAAAUAUUAGCACAUAGCCCUGCAUCUGGAAGACAACAACUGGAAGUGACCAUGUUAGGGCAUGUUGACCCACUACCCCCAGCUCGCAACUCCAGCCACAGCUGACUGGAGUGUGAGGCCAAGUUGCUUGAGGGCAUUGGAGAUAUCAGACGCUUCCUGCCUGCGCUCAGCCAAGCUGCUGGAGUGGACAAUUCCCCAAGGUGAUCUACCAUCAGCUGUCCUGCAGGAAAGAUUUCAGGAGAGGCAGCAAAGACCACCUCAUGGCCUGGUCUUACUGAACUUUUUCCAUCCUCGCCCAGAUAAGAUCUAUGAUCAACUGCCCUGUGAGAAAUAUCCUGGUGACUUUUUAAUAUUCCUUGUAAGCUGCCUUGGACAGAUUUGUAUCACGAAGGAUAGUUAGUUAGUUAGUUAGUUAGUUAAAUAAAUAAGAUGCUGAGAACGGGAGGGAUAAUAGCAUUGAGGUGCUCCAUUACCCUGAAAAUAAGAUCAGAAGGAACAGGAAGUAGAGAUUUGGGGAGGGUGCACUCUCACAUUAUGGGGGUCUGCAGGAAUUUUUCUGGGAUUGUGGUGGAGCCGAAGUAAAACAAUGAAAAGGGGAGAGUGAGCUGAUUUCUCACAAAACAUGAGAAGAAUACUGCCUGAACAUCUCAUAUUUUACAUAUGCUAGAAACACUCUUUUAAAAAGAAGCUAGGAAUUGGGGGGGUAGGGGUGUCAUCCAUCCCAUGACCCAAAUUGGAAGUAGCAUCUGGUUAGAGAAGGAAUGGGGAACAUUGAAGAGAAAGAAGGAAGGAAGGAUGACGUCUGUUCCUUAAAAUACAACUUCCAUUGUCUGUCGUAAAGCCUGCUAACCCCGUUCAGUGUCUUCCCUUCAGUACCCUCCCCUUCUUCAAGGAGAAAAUACUCCAUAUUUCUCUGUGUGGAUUUCAACUUCUAAAUGGGUUUUUUAUUUUGAAGGCUGGAUAGGGUGUGGCCUUGCACAGCUUCCACAUCGUCAUAGGCCAGAAAGGGAGUGGCAACCCACUUGUUUUUAAAUAUUUUACACAUUAGGUUUCUUCUAGUGUUUUGGAUUUAGUCCAGUAGCUCUAUUUAGAGAUUUCUUCAUGUUUCCCAGCCAGUCAGUUUCCAUCAGUGCUGCUGCCUCAAGAGAGAGAAUGAAGUCCAGUACGGCCUAAGUGAAAGAAAUGCAGUAAUCCAAGAGGGAAGUUGUUGGGUUUUUUUUCUUAAUUUGGGGCCUUUGCUGGUGAAGGUAUGCAAGCUUUUGCAUUUGACAGAGUGUCCUGGUUUUCAGGCAAAAACGAGGCGUCUGUGUGUAUAACCUUACUGGAGCCACAAUGGAAGCCUUUUAGUCAUUUAAU